UGUUCUGUUCAGACCUCACCGAAACAAGUGACAAUCUGCGUUGCCAUGAACUGCAUUGUUCUUAUUCUGUAUACGGCAUACAGCAAGCAAUGAACUCUGUUGUAAGGCGUCACUGCUAUGCCUCUUAAACGCGUACAGCGCCCCUGUCCAGGCGGCCCCAAGACUGUGAAGACAAAUACUGAGUAAUCGCGAGAGAUUCGUAAGAAACAUGGAUCUAUUCCCCGUCCUUGUGUGCUUCAUAUGGCUACAGAUCAUCAGAGUAACCGUGGCACAAGAACCAAUGGUCGUUCUGAGGCAAGGGACCGUGAGAGGUAUCAGCGUUUACACGGACGACAGACGGGUUAUAAAUGCAUUCCUCGGCGUGCCGUAUGCUGCUCCACCGACAGGAGACUUGAGGUUUGCUCCCCCAGAGCGACAUGCCGGCUGGAAUCGCACAUCGCUGUUCGCCGGGAGCUUUGCGCCUGCGUGCCCUCAGCUUCAGGAGAUAUCCAACAUGGCGCCCGUACCUCAAGACGAAGACUGUCUUUAUAUAAAUAUCUGGACACCAGAGCCGCUGCCCCUUGCCGAUGUGGGUCGAGAACCCAGCUCUGCUACCACUUUGUGCCGUUUCCCUUCCCAUGUAGAAGGGAACCCAGUUCUCCUGCCCACUUUAACCCAUGGACUCCUAUUCAAAGCGGGAUUCUUCUGUCUGGAAAAUUUGGAAGCAAGGGGAAACCUCGGUUUGCUGGAUCAGUACUUCGCUCUUCUGUGGGUGCGAGAGAACAUUCAGAUGUUUGGAGGAGACCCCCAGAGCAUCACCCUCAUGGGCCACUCGGCAGGUGCUGCUAGCGUCAUGUAUCAUAUGACGUCACCGAGAACCACAGGCCUGUUCCACAGGGCUAUCAUCAUGUCUGGGAGCGUAACCUCGCCUUGGUCUGGGGCACCGCAUCCCGCCAACUCGUCUCGGGGGAUAGCCCGCAGUCUGGGCUGCCUGGCGGCCACUUCCCGCGCCAUCCUCACCUGCCUCCGGACCAAGUCCACCGCAGAGAUCCUGAGGGCCUUCGAAACUCAGUACAAAAACGGCAACUGGACAGCGAUGGUGCUCCCAGUUGUUGACUCGUUUCUUCCGGAACCAGAAUCAUAUCUCCCACGUGAUCCAAAGGAAGUUCUCCAAACAGGAAAUUACGUAACAAUGCCUGUGCUGACAGGUACAACUAGGCACGAAGGCGCCGUGACUUUAUACCAAUGGAGCGAUCUGGUGAAGCAGAGUUAUGUGCAACUGCUUCACUUCUUCGAGAACUCUGCCAUCCCCAGUGUCAUGGAGCACUACGGUUUCGACAAGGAGAGGGAGGUACUGGAGAUUCUGAAGUGGCAAUACCCGGGGAAGGCGAGAGAAGGAGAUGCCAACUCAUUGCUUGGAAAACUCUUGGAUUUCUACACGGACUCACAAUUCGCUGCUCCUCAUAUGCGUCAGUUGGCAUUACUGUCUCGCUCUCCAGGCCAGCUCUUCGUGUACAAGUUCGAAGAAACUGGUGCGCCGGACCUCUAUGGCAACACCCUCAACAUCUCAGGAUCUGCCCAUGGCGCGGAGUUCCUUUACCUGUUCGGACCUACACUGAUGAGGAAGCUGGGGGGAAGAAGGUUUACCCAAGCUGAGGAUCGCUUCAGCAAGAAGAUCAGAAGACACUGGGCUGAUUUCAUCAGACAAGGAAAUCCAAAUGCACCAGGAUCUUUCGGGUAUGGGUUGUCAUGGAAACGAGCGACGCCUGAGGACUACAACUGCGUGGUCCUUAGAAGUGACCAGCAGCAGCAGACACAGAGGUGUGAGCUGGGGGAGGGGGUGGCCAGUCUGUGGAACGAACUGUUGCCCCGUCUCAAACAGCUGAACGCUGCAGACGCGCAGGGCGACACGAACAGCAGAACCACGGACUCAAGACUAGGCCAGGACUCAAGCCAGCCGUUCAGGAGCGCAAUGUAUACGCUGAUCGGGUUUGUGAUGAUCCUCCUUGUCAUGCUGGUUGUGUGUCUUGUGCUGCUCAAGAGGCACGCAAAGGAACGUGAUCGAGACUUGUUCUGACGGCAUGUGGACAGAACUGGGGCAAAAAAAGAUGAACCGGAGGCAGCCACACCGCCACACGCCUGGCGCUACAAUGUCACCACAGACAAACUCUAGACUGCAACUCUGAAGGGCCACCUAUUCACCAAGAGGAUGUGAAUGACCAUUACAACUUGGUAACUUGGUGCACUCACGAGAAGAAGCGUAUAAGAAAGACAGCAAAGCCUCACUCUGGUUUACGUGUCAAGGCACAUCUGUCACUCAUAGACAUGUAUAUUUGGUACAGCGAUCUAAGUUAAACACUAAAAACUGGUGUCACCUGACCAACAAACUGAUUCCAAUUUUCUGCAUAUGCAGGAUCAAUGCUUUAGGUGUAAGUGUACAAUAUUUGAGGACAUGAAGGAAAAAAAAUACCAAAAUAUGGCAAAAGAACCCUCAGUAACACUUUAAGUAAUGGUUACACCUGAAGCUUUAUAUAUAAUUUAUGAAAAAUAACCUGUGAGUCAGACUUGAAAAUCAGUGGUUUUAGAAGAAUGUUAUGCUUCAAACUCAAACCCCUUGCCAAACACCUUGCAUCCUACUUUAACACAGAAAGCAAUCACACCACUCUAUGCUCUUAAUGAUCCGUGGAGCUUUCCAUGUCUACUGUCCACAUAGGUCAAACCAUAGCUCAGGCGGUUAGUUGCUGGAUUCCCACUGCAGCAGCAUGUGUCUGGUUAUGUGAAAUUUCUGUUGGACAAAGUGGCACUGGGGCACGUCUACUCCAUGUACUUUGGUUUCCCCUGCCAAUCUUCAUUCCACCAA